ACAAGAUGGCAGCGCCCAUGGGAUUGUCUACUUUUAACUCGGGAGCAGCACCUUUUGGCAAUUUUAUCAAUUAUUACACAUUUAAUCCUCCGGAAAAGCGAAUUGAUUUCCUUCCGAAGGAUCUGUUGCAAGUUAUCAGUGGAGAGAGCAGGAAAAAGAGUGUGACGGUGCUCGAUAUCGGUUGCAAUGCAGGGGACCUAACAGUGGCAGUGUACGAACACCUUACAAAAGCACAUCAUGAUGCCCAAGAUGGAGAUGACGCAAGCGGAGACCAUUCAAAGUUAUCCGAUGAAACCGCCCUCUCAUCUUCAACAUGCAGUCCUGUAACAGAGUCUGACCUCUCUGGCUCAUCCACGACCUCCGAUUCUACCAAUGUUCAUAUCCUGGGUUGCGAUAUCGACGACCUCUUAAUCACUCGAGCCUAUGAAUCCAACAUCCACUCGGAAAACAUCACCUUUAAGACUUUAGACUUCAUGUGUGACUCUGCCAGACACGAUGUCUUGUCUCGCUUCUUAGCAACGCACCCAGAUACAUUAGCAGGGAGAUUCGACCUCGUUUGCUGUUUCUCAAUUACCAUGUGGAUACAUCUCCAAAAUGGCGAUGAAGGUUUGCGGAAAUUCCUACGAGAAGUUUCCGCAAUUUCAAACUUCCUUCUCAUCGAGCCUCAGCCCUGGAAGUGUUACACGUCUGCCGUGCGGAGAGUUAGUAAACUUGGUGUUGAGAACUCGUGGCGAUUUAAGGAGCUUCUAAUAAGGAAUACAGUGGUGGAUGAAAUCAAGACUUAUUUAGAAACAGCUUGUCAUAUGAAGCUGAUUAGAACACUUGGUGUUACUCACUGGGACAGAAAGUUACUGUUGUUUAAGAGUAAUGGGGUAGCUGACCACAAUUAAUAAUUGUUGAUUGAUGUGCACAACAAUGGCUUUAAUAGGCAAAGAAUUCUGAACAAAUAGCUACAUUUUGAAGUCACUAUAAAUCAAUCAAAUUUUGUACUAUCUAUUAUUGCAUGUUUUAUUGUAAAAACUAAGAAAACAAUUCUUUUUUUAAGUAUUUUGGGUUUUUAAUUAAAACCAAAUCUUUCCAGAAAAUAAACAUUAUUUUCAAUCAAACCUGCAUUAUUUAAAUAGUUAGAAUGAGCAAAACAUUGCAAGAUGUUCUAUUUAAAGCAUGUGUACAUUGGUGUCAAAGAACCAAAUGCCACACUUUAGACAAAACAAACAUGUGAAUGUUUGGUUUUGAGAAAAAUGCCUAAGCAUUUCGAGCAAAGUUAUUCACCAUGGUUAUCAAGUUCUGUGCAAAUAAUCUGUGACCAUUUCAGUUUACAACCAAUACUGUGUACACCCCUUUGACCUUUAAAACAUUUCUUUUAAAUAAAAAUCUGAUCUCAUAACUGUCAAUUUGUAUUUGUCUGAACUAUAAAAUGUUGUAAUAAAAGAUAAAUUUAAAUGCUAAACCACUUUUCUUUUACGCUCUCCUUUGUUGUUGUUGGUGUUCCAUUCCAUUGUGUAACUAUGUUUGGUACCAGUAGUGACUGCUUCUGAUCAGAGCACAGUUUCAUAAGGCCGUAAGCACAAAAACCUGCUAAGCAUAAACAAAUAUUGCUUGGCUGACUUGGGUUACUAGCAUAAAUAUUAGAAAGAUUGCCACUGGUUCCAACCUCGUAGUAAUUUUGGGGAUUAAAAUGCAGGCACUCUACCAACUGCUCUAUGUUGCCAGUCUCCCUAGUUUGUAAAUAUCAUUGUUUGAAACCACUAUUGAAGUACACACUUCUGAAUAGUUGUAUAUUUCCAUCCAUAAAGUCAAGGACUGCACGGGGGCGGAAAUGCUUCAACACAAUUGGACCAUGCCUUUGGCCUGCUUACUUUUAGUACAAGUUGGUAAACAUCUGACAACUCCUGGUUCUUGCAUAUACAUGUAACUCCAACAUUCAGACUCCAUUGUCAUUUCUACAGAAAUGUAUCACGUUCUCCACUCCAGUUUUCAACAAUGCAUUGUAUCACUCCAGGUUUGAGAAGA